UACGGAGCUUCCAACAACAAGCUGGAAUAGCUCAGUUGGCUAGAGCGUGUGGCUGUUAACCACAAGGUCGGAGGUUCAAGCCCUCCUUCUAGCGUUAUAUCAAAUUUUUUGUUAAUUUUCGCUUCCGGCACCAAACUCCGCACUCCACAAUCUUUGUAGGCCUAGCCUACAGAGAACCGAACUUCACUUAACGAGCAAGCCCAACUGAUUUGAAGCCCAAAACUGCCUCAACUCUCAACAAAGCCCAAUAUUUUAGCCGAAUACUUCUCUGUUCAUGUGAAUGAACAAUCUUUAUGUUUUCCUGUCCCUUCUCCUUUGCCAUGUUACUAAUUAUCUGACAUUUGAAUUUUGGGGAGAUAAACCACCACAAAUAUAUGCAGAUUUUUAAUUAUUAUUAUUAUUAUGGUUAUACUUCGUACCAACCUGGAGUUUUAGAAAUUUUCCAGCGACCAAAAAUUAUACAAGGGAGCAUGCAUGACUGCCGCGAAACGAAUGGGAAAUUUUUAAAUGCCGCCGCGAUAUUUCUCGUUGCUAAUCCUCAGACGGCGAGAAUCUGGCGGUACUCUCAGUUUGCGGUGGCUGGGAAAGGUUAGUUUUGUAAUUAACUGCAAACUACGAGGGCAUCUAAAACAUAAGAAGCGCCAAAUUUUGCAUAUGGCCUCCCUCUCUCGCUGGGGUCUCUCAUGACAUUAUGAUUUAUGACAACCAGGCGGGGGAAAAUAAUUGAUUUGUAUUUUAUUAAUCAGGUUUUCUUUUACGAUUUGUUUCCUAAAAUAAAAUUUCAAAAGAAAAUCCCCUUUCAAAAGACCAGAAUGAAGAAAGGCUGCCUUCAAUUAGUUCCACUAUCAAUGAACCAUUUUCUAUUGACAAAAAUCAAAAUUUAUCUCUCCCCGUCAGCCAAGCUAAAGCUUUCUGGAAUUCAUCUAAGUAGGUGAUUAAGCGCACUAUUUGUUCUUACGUUCUCGCUUUCUUCUUAAUAUGCAUAUUCUCAAAGAAUAUUCAUAAAAAACCAAAACAAAACAAUUUACUUGUUUCGUUUAUAUCUGUUUGUUUGGUUCCUGAGAAAAUGACGGCCGGGGGAAAUUCGCAAUGUGACAUCAUGUAAGUUGGGAUAGGUUUUUGUUUUGAUUGAGUUCCUUACCCGGACCUUGGAUUGGGUUUCCAUCUACAGAGAUUUGGUUGCUUUGAUCCAAGAAGAAACCUUCAUAAUCAAUCUAGGACAGACCAUCUCCUGCACAACCAAUCAAUUCAUAAGAAAGACAAAAUUAGUUUCGUGGUUUCUUUCGUCUAUGUAUGUUGUAUAUUUUGCUCAAAAAUCAAAAUUAGAACUCGUUUCGUUAGUCGAUGAUGUACACAUGCAACACUACCAAUCACUCUACUCAAAGUAUGCCAACCUUCGAGGUGUCACCGUGAAGAAGGCUCACGUAAGCAAGAAAUGGACUAGCUCUGGAUCUACGUCGGCUUCAGAUUUCAAGUAUUACUCCCCCGUGGAGAUGCCAGGAAAGGAAAGCAACGAGAGCCACGAAUAUGAACAGGACUCAAGAACAAAACGAUGAUCAUGAAUCUGAAGAGAGCAUGGACCAAUACACAAACGAGGUUCCAACUCUAGUAAAAGUUCAAGAUAGUCUUUAUGGGAACGAAAGAGGUGCUCAGGUGAAGGAGUUAGAGGGACAAUUAAUUGCAAAUAAGUUUGAGAUGGAGACAUUAAGGAAAGGGAACCGGGAGAUGGAAGGGUUGCUUGCAGAGAAAGUAAAUGAGGUUAAUAAGGUUGAGAAAAGGAAUCAAGAAUUGCAAGAACGUAUCAUAGAGCUCGAAUCAUAAUAGUAUUUGGACACAAAAAGAGAUGACGAUAAGGCUCAUUUGACGUUGCAACAUACGAAGGAUAGUGAGGAAAGGUUUGCUUCUGGGAUUGGGGAAUUGCUGUCAGAGUGGAGUUGGCAUCACUAAAUAACACAAAGAGAGAUCUCAAGGUGAAAUUUAAAGAGAAAGUCAUUGUAAUAAGACAAUUCAGGGAGAAGAACAUACAACUCAAGGUUGAGUUGGAACUUCAACUAGAAGUCCAAAGAAUUCACUAAGAGUUCGAUUCAAAUACAGAAGUUGCUAGAGGAAUUAGCAACAAAGUCCAUGAUUGAGGAGAAGCUACAGAAGGUGGCCGAUUUAAGCAAGAAUCAUGGGGUAGAGCUACAAGCCUUGUGAACAGAGAAGAACGAGUUGGAAGAGCAGAUGAAAAACCAAACCCAAAAACUGACACAAUUAAGAGAGUCUAAUGAUAGGAUGAAUGUUGCAAUUCUUGAAUUAUAACAGGGGAUAUCCUGUAGAGAAAAUUAUAUUGGCGUACUUCAAAAUAGGAUUGAGGAUACAAGUAAAGAAACUUCGAUGGAGGUUACAAAUUUGAAGGAAAGAUAACUCAUUUGCAAUAGGAGUUAGAAUCUUCCUUACCAGAGAAAUCCCAUUUGGAGGUUCAAAAAGAAAGAAUAAAAAAAGAACGCGAGGAUGUAGUUAAGAAGAUCACCGAAGAGAUCAAAUCGGAUAUUACAUUUAAACCAAUCAGACACCUUUCUAUGGACUCUCCAAAUGUGAAGCAGACUGAGUCCACUAAGUUCAACACCCAAACAUUAGAGAUGAAGGUCGAAGAAUUAGCAGAGCUAUACCAAAAGACGACGGAGAACCAUAUUUCAUUUUUGUUUAUUGAGGCAGAGUGUAAAAAUUGUAGAACAAAUCCACCUCGAAACAAAGGAUAGUUACAUGCAAAUAAAAGAGCUACAAAAUGUAAACAAAAAGCUUCAAGAUAAGGUUGUGGCAUUUGAAGAUGCGUUAAAGAAAAUGAAAGAAACAUUGGUUGAACCCGGGGGAAGCUUACUGACGGGAUUGGAUGUGUUGAUUUGGAAGUUAGACGAGAACAAACACUCAUUGAAUCGUAUGUCCAAGAUAUCGAAUGAAAUUCAAGACGCUAGAAAUUGGAUGGCAUGAAAGAAAGGGGAGACCAAACAACACUGAAAGACAAUAUGGACGAUUGACAUUACAAUUGAGUGAUAAGGAAGGGAAGGUGUUGGAGUUAGAAGCAAGGCUGACCAUGACAUUGACACUAGCAAGUGAAGAAGAAACGAAAAUCGAUGUUAGAGAGAAAAGUGAAAACACUUGAGCAAGAGUUGAGAGAGAAAGAAGAAAUUAUAACGGUAUUUGGAGAGGAGAAGAAGGAAGCCAUACGACAACUUUGUAUAUCACCGAAAUAGAUAUGCUCAGUUUAUUUUUUUUUGGUAAAACGACAGACGUCGAGCGUCUAAUUCAUAUUAAUAAUAGCUCUUUCAUGGGAGAUUCCCAUUACAUCAUGGUUGAUCCACCUAAUCAAGUCCCUAUCACACACAUUGAAAUGAUGUGUGCCAAAAUCAAAAUCAUGAGCCUUG